CAUUUCCUUAUCGGGUGAUCGAAGGCAUCUUCGUCGUUUUCAAGAGAAAAGCCAACGUUUGAAAAAAGUGCAAUAAUUACCUGCAUUGAAGACAAGCUUUCCUGUUCAUCAGUCUAAGACCAAAUGCCACCUGCAGUGAUGACCUUUCUCAGAUUUCUUGCACAUUACACCGACAUUUGCAGUGUACAGUGAUCCGGCUUGACUUGGGACGGCUUGGGCGAAGGUCGCAUUACGGUGCAAGCAAUUACGUGGACAGGGAUGGCCUGGUUUGGCGCGUUUAGAAAUAGUCACGGCUUCUCCUGGUACGACGACAACCCCUCCGCAGCAACAGUUGACAUCCCCCUGGCAGCGGUCACUUACUUCUGUAUUCUGGUUUCCGUGGCAACACUGAUAGCAUCUCUUGGAAUCAGAGGCAAAGAUAGGUGGAUAACAGCACUGCGAGCGAUUUACGGGCUGGCUGUUGGUUCUAUCAUAUUGGUGGGCGUCUACAGUCACAGCUGGCAGACGGGGACGUUAGAAGUGACCACGCCCUACGUUUAUCGGUCGCCCCAGCAGUUCCGGGGGCUGGUGGGUGUCCACGUUGCUCUCCACGGGGCCAAUGUUACUCUGAUAGGUCAGUUCGGAAGUUCCCCCAACAGUGGUUACGUGGCCUACUCCGAGAGCCUCCCGUGGAGUGAUUUUGGUCAUGAAUCCGACGCCUUCGAUGACUUUGUGGGGCGUGGUCUCCCUGACCCAAUCCUGAGGGUGGUGGAACACUUCUGUGCUGACGCCGGGGGUCUGCGGUGGGGGAAGGCGUUCCAUACAGCCGGCGACUUCGCAUGUGCCCUGCUCUGGACAGCUUUCGCAUUUUGGAUCGUGACCAAUAUACUGCUGUUCAGUGUCAUCUGCUACGGGGGCUACAUGUUCGUCCUGACGGGGUUCACAAUGUCCUUGACCUGUGUGGUGUACCAUGUCUGCCAACCCAGCAACUCGCUCGUUAUAUCGUAUGGCGAGCACAUCCUCAGAACACACUAUGACUGGUCGUUCUGGCUCAUCCUUGUUACAGGACUAGUCACCUUCGUCCUUGGUCUCCUGAUUGUGUUCUUGGACCAUAUCUUCCCAAAGAAGAUGGCGGAGGUGAUGGGCGUCGAUGCUGGUAUUGAGGACGACAGGGGAGAAUUUGGAGCCUUCGCUUCUCUCAGGGAUCGAAAAGAAAGUAUCUUCUUCACACAAGAUAGGAGGGGGAGCAUAUUCCAGGACCGAGAAAGACGCAGUAGUAUGUACCCCGGGGCGGAAAGGAGGACAAGCGUGUUUGGGGAUCAGCAGAGAAGAGGCAGUUUCCGUGGCAUGGCAUGGUAUUCCAACAAGGGUUUUACUUCAGCUGAUGAAAAGACCAGAGUGAACCCCCUUUUUACAGGGCGGAACAGCAUUACAGAAGAGGAUGAAAGUUUACCUGCUAAAACCCAAACAGAAGUCCAAAUAAACAUUGAAGAUGAAGAGGGUAAUAUAACUUCCGGUGUGGACCGGAAGUCCUCAUGUUCGUCUGCUAAGGAGGACAGGGAUAAUGACCUAAAUGAGAAGCAGGCUUCAUCUAGUGUUACACUAGAGAUUGGACAGUUGAGCCGCCAGUUGUCGCACGACUCGGGGAAUGAAAGCGGCUGUGUUCAGACUCGUGACUUUGACAGUACAUCAUCCAGUGAUGCUGGUGCUGAAUGCAGUCAGUCCCUAGACUCCAACACAAGCUGAACAUCGGUGGACAUUCCGAUUGCAAACCAUUGUCUUCCUUCUUGCUAUGGCUCAAACCCUAUAAUUUUUUAACUAAAAUAUUAAAUGAGUACAUAUUUUAGAAAGUGUAACGUCUCACAGAAUCCUAUCAAUCAAAAUUGCUUCAAGAGAUUCGCUCAUGACCUGACAUACAUGUUCGAAUCAUUGAGUACACGCUUGGAGUUUCAGGACGGUAUGAGGAGUUUUGGUUUUGCAAUCUGUCCACCAGUGUCCAUUCAUCAGUGACGUUAUGUAGAGGUCAAGGUCUCCGCUUUUCUACCGCAUGUAUUUCUGUCUUCCUGCUUACAAUGACACCAGGAUGCAUUCCGCCAUGCCAGACAUUUCCUGUUGCCAUGACAACGGUUUAACUCAGGCGUCAUCCAGGACCAUGACAACUGACGUAACCACGCCAUCCUCGCCAUUUUGUCUGACGUUGAUCAUCAGCUCAUACCCCCUUGUCUUUCAUACCUGCAUAAUCCGAAACAGACUACUGAUUGUGUUUCAAUCUCUUUAUAUACUAGACUGUUGCAGCGAGUGUAUAAUGACUCACGUGUAGCACAAACAUGACACGUGGGAACUACUGCAUGCCAAGCCGUCUCCCAUGAUCUCGUCAGGCGACCAGUAGUGUUCCUCGUCAUGUAAAUAUGUGGUUUAGUUUCUCGUGAUUUCCACAUUUAUAUCAGAGAACAAUAUUAUAUUUAGUCCCCAAUGGUAAGAUGUUAUGUAUUAUGCCUUGAAGGAGAUUAUUUCCUUUGGAAACUUGUCAGUAUAAACAACGAAAAAACCAUUAAAUUUGGAGUUGACUUUUUGAUGAUUAAAACUAGGAUAUAACCUUCAUGUGAACGUAUGCUAUUAAUUGUGUAGCUGUAGAAUAGAGUAUGUUAUAUAUCCAGCAGAUCAUGGUGGGUGCUAUGUGUGGGAUUUAACAACAGAUUGACUUAAGAUGAUAUGAAAUGAAAUGCAAUCAUAUUUCUGGUAAAACUUUAUAAAAAAACGUGUUUUUAAGAAUAUCAUAUGUCAAUAUCACUAUCACAUCAUUGGUAUACUAUGGUGUAAUAUAAUUAACAAUUCGGUAGUUUUUUUAUGGAAGAAUAUAUAUCAAUCAACAGUCGAAUCCUUGUCAAAUCUGGUUAUAUUGAAGAAUACCCCCGCUCUCUCUGAGCCCUUGAAUACCAGUGUCAAGUCUUGAAAUAAGAACAAAGAGAGUGAUGCAAUAAAUAUCCACAAACUAUUAUCUCAAACGGUUUUCACGUCAACUAGUUUAUAUAAAAUGAAUUUCGUUUUUGCACAUUAUUUCGAUUCUUGUUUAAUUAUGAAAAAAUACAAGAUCUUAUUUUUUAACAGUGUUUUGUCAGUUUGCGUGUGACUGUACAAACAGGUACAGAUCUAAUCUUGUGCGUUCGUCUCACACCUGGGAUUUCUUGUAACUUUGGUAGCGGAAUCGAAUGUAGCUGACGUGAUACUGCCCCUCCCCCUCCCCCUCCCCCUCCCACCACAUGGGCAAGGUAUGCUGACCCUCAAUCACCUGAUACCGCCAUCCGUGGCUCGUGAGAUGUUGGACACCAUAAGCAUUAAUCCACUUUAAAAGAUAUAUACUACUCCAAAAUAGUGACUGAUCACCCUGUUGUGUCAUAUUACCACAGUUCAUAUGCCAUGACACGACAGCUUAACCUUAUUGAAAUGAAAGAAGCAGGUGAUCCUUUAUUUUUUAGUAGUAUAGGUAAUGUGUUUGAUUAGAAGUCGAUUGUAUAUUUUACAUAUCUAAUAUUUGUUGUUUCGUGUACAGACUAUGUUGAUACCAAUUUAGAAGUGACGUUUGUGAAGUACAGUAUCUGUACGUAUGUACAGUAAAUGUGUGUGAUCAAUAUAGGUACGUGUCUGCAGUAGGUGUACGAACAGUAUAUGUGCAGUCUUGUUUGACAAUUUAUGUUCCGUGUCAAGAGAUUAUUGUACAAAUAUAACACUGUUAAACUUAUUUUUGAAUUAAAAACUAUUUGAAAUGUU